UUCGACACACACUCUGUCUAUUAGACACAUAAAGGUACUAACUUUCAGUGACACGUGCAUUGAAGGUGCCCAUACCUGAGCGGAGGUUCCCAGAGCAGCUCAACAUGAGGACGCGCACGCUUUUGUCCAUAACCCUGCUGGGCCUGCUGCUGUGGGCCUCCUGCGCCCAGGCCGACGAUGCAGACGAAAACCAGGACAGGUCAGAGGAGACAUCAAAGGAGACAGCAGAGGAGACUUCAGUAGAGACGGAGGAGGAGGAGGAGGAAACCGAAGAGGCACCAAAGAAAGAAAAAACAACAGAGAUAGAGGAGGAGGAAGAUGUGAUGGUUCUGCACAUCAACAACUUUGCCAGAGCUCUCAGCGAGAAUCAGUACGUGCUGGUGGAAUUCUAUGCUCCCUGGUGUGGUCACUGUAAACAGCUGGAGCCACAGUAUGCAAAGGCUGCUGGGAAGCUGAAGGCGGAGGAGUCCGCGAUGCGUUUGGCCAAAGUGGACGCCACCGAGGAGAGGGAGCUGGCUGAAGAGUUUGAGAUCGGAGGCUUCCCCUCUCUGAAACUCUUCAUCAAUGGAGACCGCGAGCAGCCCAUCGACUACACUGGCAAGAGGUCAGCAGAGGGAAUAAUCCAAUGGCUGAAGCGGCGUACAGGCCCUGGUGCUGCAGUCCUCGACUCUGCACAGUCUGCAGCUCAGUUCAUCGAUGCCCAUAGCAUCACUGUUGUCGGAUUCUUCGAUAGUCUGGAGAGUGAGGCGGCUAAGGUGUUCAAGGAAGUUGCCUUCGAUACGACUGACACAGAGUUUGCCACGACAACGACUCCUGAGGUUUUCCAGAAGUAUGAAGUAAAAGCCAACUCAGUGGUCCUCUUCAAAAAGUUUGAUGACGGCAGAGCAGACUUUACAUUGUCAGAAGAAGGGAAGCUGGACAAAAGUAAUCUGACCACGUUCAUCCAUGAAAACAGCCUGGAGCUGAUCAUCCCAUUCAAACAGGAGACUGCAGAAAAGAUCUUCUCCUCCAGCAUCCACCUGCACAGCCUGCUAUUCAUCAACUCCACAGUGGAGAGUCAGACAGCCCUGGUGGAAAAAUCCAGGCCUGUUGCCAAAGGGUUCAAGGGCAAGAUGUUGUUCAUUGUAAUUGACGUGACAACAGCCGUGUCUCAUGUGCUGACAUACUUCGGCGUGUCCGAGAACGACACCCCCACUGCACGCAUCAUAAACAUGGAUACAGGAAAGAAGUUCAACAUCGCCGCCGGGGAUCUCACAGCAGAUUCUUUGCGACAGAUGUGCCAGGAGGUUGUUGAUGGCACUGCCAAGCCCUACUUACGCACAGAAGAGAUCCCAGAGGACUGGAACAAAGGACCAGUCAAAGUCCUGGUGGGGAAGAACUUUGAGUCUGUGGCUCUGGACCCGACCAAAAACGUCUUUGUGGAGUUUUAUGCUCCAUGGUGUGGACAUUGUAAGGAACUGACUCCCAUCUGGGAUCAGCUGGGUGAAAAGUACGCAGACCAUGAUGACAUUAUCAUAGCCAAGAUGGAUGCCACAGCCAACGAAGUGGAGUCUCUCGAUAUUCGUGGAUUCCCCACGCUCAAAUAUUUCCCAACUGCAGGCAAAGAGGUGGUUGACUAUACUGGGAAAAGGGAUCUGGAGACGAUGUCUAAGUUCCUGGAUGAUGGAGGAGUGUUGCCUAAGGAGGAAAGCGAUGAGGAGGAAGAUGACGAAGAUGAGGAUGAAGAGGAUGAAGAGGAAGACAAGGAAGAUGAUGAUGAUGCUAAGGACGGUGACGACACCGGUGAUGACAGCAAGGAAACUGACGAGUCUGCGACCAACACAACAUCUAAAGAUGAGCUGUGAUAUCACUUCGGUUUCCAGCCAAUCAGAAUCAACCUAGUGUCUUUCUUUUUUUUCUUAAUAAAAUUAAAUUGGGUUUAAAAGUGUUGUGCACUCAUGACUAUUUUGAAUUAGCUUUAAACCCUGUUUAGGUUUGUGUUAAUACUUGAUUUGAUUCAAAACUCUUUUUUCUAUAAAUAUUUAAAUGUCUCAUGAAGCAGUUAAAGCCAUUUAUAGGUUAGAAAAGUAGUUAAAAAUCCUGCACCAUAUCGUUACAGUACAAGAUGCAUUUAUCAGUCAACAUGUUGAGAGAAGAGUCUCAAAGAAAGAAAGAAAGAAAGAAAGAAAGAAAGAACGGAAGGAAGGAAGAACGGAAGGAAGAAAGCAGAUUGAAAGAUAGAAACAGUCAUGUUUUUCAUUCCUGAGUGACAUCGUGAAGACAGACGGACAUAAAUAACGAUGGACUACAUUUCCUAAGAACAUAUUGUGGAACAUACUGAGAUGAGAAGACACAGUAGAUAGAAAUAACACCAAGGUACCAGCUGAUAAGACUGAGUGUCUCUCUUCUCUGUGAGGACGUACUGAAGCACAGCAUGCUAACGCGCUUACAGUGAUCAUGCUACUGUGUUAAUGUUUAGACGGUUCAGUAUAACGCUUACCUUCUUA